AUGCAAACACCACGGCUGGAACUGGUUCGUCUGGCUGAGCAUCAUGCACCAGGCUACCACGCAAUUUGGUCGGACCCAAUUGCAACGCGAUGGAGCCCCCAUGGCUGUUGCACCACAUUUGAGGACAGCAAGAAGUGGAUGUCCGAACUACUCCUCGAUGUCAAUCCCCGAGGAGAAAAUUAUGCCGUUUUACUUCGGUCUGAUAUCAACCUAAGCGACGUCCCAACACCCGGUUCCGAAGGUGUGACGGUGGGCUCGCCCGGUGGCUUUCUUGGAUGGGUCGGAACGUGGAAGUCAGAACCAAUCCCGGAAGUUGGUUUCAUUUUCCAUCGAUCGGCCUGGGGCCUGGGCUUUGCCACGGAGGCGCUGAAUGCCUUCGUUCAGUUAUACUGGCAAUCCAAACCACAAUUCAAUUCUGUUGAGGCCUACUGCGACUCAAAGAAUGGAGCAUCCGUCAAUGUUUUACGAAAAUGUGGCUUUGAACUGGUUGAAUCGAUCCCGGGAGAUUAUGUUCUAUCCUGGAUGGAGCCAUCUCUCCGGAGUAGCCUUCGAUUCCGAGCAAUCAAGCCUGAUACAGAAUCCCGCAUUCUAACCUGA